GUGAUGGCGAACGAUGCUUGGGACGAAAUAAUGAGUGUGCAUUCGGCUCGAAAGCCUGUGCCCAGUGAGAAGGAUUCAUUCGUCAACGUACUCGGUCUUAGGCCGACUCGCGAAAAGCGUGCUGCCAUCUGCGCAUGUGCUCUUCAAGCAGCGAAUUGUCCAGCAGGACCGCCUGGACCACCUGGAGAACCCGGCCUACCGGGAGAACCAGGCGAACGUGGUUUGGAUGGAAAACCGGGACCUCCAGGUAUUGCUGUAACAACGGGAGCUGGCGCACGAGGAGGUUGCUUAGCGUGUCCACCAGGUCCAAUGGGACCACCUGGUGCUCCGGGACCAAUGGGUCCACCUGGCCCAGCUGGAGCACCUGGAGCAUCUGCUGCCGGCGGUGGAAUGGGACCACCAGGACCACCUGGACCGGCUGGAGAUGCAGGAGCGCCCGGCGGACCAGGACCAGCAGGACCAGCCGGAGCACCCGGAACACCAGGCACGUCGGGUGCUGGAUUGCCAGGACCAAAAGGACCACCAGGUCCAGCAGGAGCACCUGGUGACGCUGGAGCACCUGGUGCAGCAGCGGGCCCUGGGGUUGGCGGCCCUCCUGGACCUCCAGGACCACCUGGAAACCCAGGAACUGCUGGAGCCCCUGGCCUACCCGGAGCGCCUGGUAGCGCAGGUGUUCCUGGCAGCGAUGCAGCUUACUGCCCAUGCCCACCACGUUCAUCGCAGACGGUAGCAGUGAACGCGCCGGAACCAUCCUACCAGCAGGGUGGUUCGGAUGCUGCUGGUGGCUAUAAUCGACGACGUCAUCGGGUGCAUAAAUCGAGGAAAUUCGUCCAGAAGGUGCAGUAA